CUGGGACGUCAACGGGCUGGGCUGACUGACUACCUACUGACAUCCACGCCAUCCCAGCGCCAUCACCAACAUUCUGACUUUGCCAUUCCUUAUCUUUUCUAUCUGUCUUUUGUAUCUCUACUUCACCCAAACCCUCCCUUUCUCAACUCGCACCAUUUGCGAAACAAACUUCUUGAACCCUAAUAUCUCCAAACCACAUUCCUUACCUCCAAUCCUCCGUUCAUAGAGUCAAAGACCCACGCAUCUGCGCUCCAAGCCUCUUCCCCCAGCACAGCCGUGUCUUCCGAACACGUUUUCCAUUCUGUAAUUUAACAUCAUCUGGGGAAGUCGAACACAUAAAGGACCAAAAACAGAAGAGCAUUACCAUUGAAACCCAUUGCUCGACUUGAUUGCAACAAGAAUCCGGAAUUCCUUGCAUGGUCCUCGUCCAAACAAUCCCAACAUCCCAACACCCCAACACCCCAACAUAGAAACUCCGAACCCGAAAAUCCCUGAAAUCAUCACAUGAUGGGGAGCGAUAUGGAACGGGAGCGUGACAUCGAAGCCGCGCCAGAAGAGAAACUGCUUGAAGCAGAAUCAGAACCAAUACCCGCAAAUAUACCCUCGAAACCGUCUUCCGAUGCGAAGAAGAAGUUCCUACUAUGGACCGCCAUCAACAUGGCCGCCACCAUCGGCAUCGUCUUCACGAACAAGGCCAUUUUUACUGAUCCCGACUUUAAAAUGAUGCAGACCUCGUUUGCCUCAUUUCAUUUCGUCUGCACUGGAUUGACGCUUUAUGUGGUCUCCAGACCAUUCUUUGGGGCCUUUGAACCGAAGAGCGCUGGGGUUGUAGAGAUGUUACCGGUAUGUAAAAAGCACAUGACUUACCUCCUCCAAAAAUCAAUAUAAACAUUGAUAUUUCUCAAAAACACCAACAAAAAACCCCGUAAAUAUCCAGAAAGACUACAGGCUAACAAAACAAAAAGCUCGCUUUCUCAAUGUGUCUCAACGUGGUCCUCCCCAACCUCUCUCUCGCCUUCUCAACCGUCACAGUCUACCAGCUCUGUCGUGUUCUCCUCACCCCCAUGACCGCAAUCAUCAACUACGUCUUCUACCGGGCCACCAUCCCACGCAACGCAGCUCUAGCAUUGAUCCCCGUCUGCUUAGGCGUAGGAAUAACCUCCUACUACGACACCAAACCCGUCGAAAACGUGGACCCCAGCAAACCCGUCCCAACGACGUCCAUCAUAGGCGUCAUCUUCGCCCUCUCAGGUGUCUGUGCUUCCUCGGCCUACACCGUCCUAAUCGGUGCUUACCACAAGAAGCUCAACAUGACCUCUUCGCAAUUAUUGUUUAACCAAGCCCCUAUCUCAUCUGUCAUGUUACUCUUCGCUGUCCCCUUCGCGGACCACAUUCCUGUUCUCUCAAACGUGCCUUCAUACCGAUGGCUCAUGAUCCUCAUGUCCGGUGGAUUCGCCGCACUGAUCAACAUCAGUCAGUUCUACAUCGUCGCGGGCAGUGGACCCGUGAGCAGUACCGUGGUCGGCCAUUUGAAAACGGUUAGUAUCGUGGGCAUUGGAUGGGCGUUGAGUGGAAGGGGGAUUACGGAUUGGAGCGCGAUUGGGAUUUUGAUGACGAUUGGUGGGAUUGUUUAGUAAGUCUUCCAUUUCCCAUCCCUUUCUCCUCCUCCCUCUUCAUCAAACACCAACUAACCAAACCCCAGCUAUUCAAACGUAAUGCUCAACAAACCCCGUUAACCCCAUCUCCCACGCAUCUCUGUGGUUUGAACGCAGACGGAUUAGAUGUUUACCAUGUAUUUGACCGAUUCAAAGAUUUCCUUGUUCUACUCAUCUAUUCUUUUUCUUCUUGGAUAGGCGAAGGUCGGUUUACUACUUAUUGUAAGAAUUUGGUUUUGGGUUAAAUGUAAAGAUAGACCUUUCCUUACUCAUUUUACUUUUAUCUGUGUUCAAUUCUUUUUUUUCUUUUUCCCUUUUGUUUAAGAUGGUGGGC